CAAUCGGCGAGUCGCGAUCGGCGGAGAUCUGGAAAAUCGCGCUUGCGUCGGAAUGGAAACGCCGACGCUAAUUACGGCGGCGCGAUAAGGCGAUAUCAGCCGGGGGAGGAAGGAAACGCGAUUCUUCUCACGUUCGAUAAAUCGAUUCGGGAGGCCUUGGUGCGCGUCCUGGAACGUUCACCGGCACUUUUAAUUCCGCCUCGCGCGGCCGAUACACGCGAUCGUUAUGAUACGUAAUUUCAUUCUCGCAUUCGCGAUGAACGCGAACGGUUGCGCACUUGUAAACGCGUCCGAAAUUUGUACGAAAACACAUUCAGUCGCGGUUUCGUCUCACGCGCGACCAAAGAGAUCCAGCCGAUCGAGAAAUUUCGCGGACGAAUCGCGGUCGACCGCGAGAGAACGCUCGCGUGGCACAAAAAAAUAGGACAAUCUUACCGCUCGUCCUCGUUAUCGGCAUGAGCACUGUGGUCUUUUAUCACGCAUGACACAACUGAACAAACGAGAUAUGCUCUUCGCCCGAGAAAUUAGGACCGUCUCCGACCUAAGCAAAUCUCUUCCGCGCCGUCCGCCAACACGCCAAGGUGAUCGUGCGCGAAACGCUCCCAGAUAUACACAAGGACCGAUAUUAAUUAUAUUAAUUAUAUUAAUUAAUCACGCGACCACGAACUGCUUCGCGAUGCUUAUCGCGUACCUUCUGGGAAAACACGAUGACGCUUCGUCCGCUGACUCGUAACAGAAGGUGGAGAUACAACAUUCGUUUGUAGAAUUGAACACGUUAUCUUCGACGCACUUUGGAAUACAGUCGACGUACAGCAGAUCAAUGCUGUCCCGUUUCUUGCGCAUAACGAUAUCGAAAAUUUCUAGUUAGGAAUUUCUUUAUCUUAAUUUGAUUUUUUCAGUUGUUGUACAACAUCGCUCAAUGAAAAGUGAUUCCGGCCGUCGUAGAUUUAUCUCCGACGUUUCGUGAACAUUCAAGUUUACUUCUUCGGAGAGAAGAACAAUCUGAAACUCAGGUUGUCUCUCUCCCUGAAAAAGUGGAUUGAAAUGUUCACGAAACGUUGGAAACAAAUUCACGAAGACGCGGCACCAAACUGGAAGAUCGAGCAUUUUGAGAAAUAAUAUUAUUAUAUAAUAAUAUAAUAUAAUAAUUAUUAUUAUUAUUAAUUAUUAAUAAUUUAUUAUUAUUUUUUUUUUUCGAGAAAUCUCCAUACCGUUGAAGCCUCAAAUAUUGUAAUUCCGACCAGUGAGUCAGUAAUAAUUUUGAAACAUUCGCAACCUCUCAUCGGACGUCGAAUAUGUCUCGAAAUGUGUCUGGAAAGGUGUUCAAGCGUUCUCUGCAAAUAAAUGUACACUCGUAUCGAUCGGUAUUAGAUCAUUUGAAAAACGCACUCCGCGAGCACGCUUCGCGAACGUUCUCCAGCAUAGUCUCCAAAGUUCGAAUGUCGCCGCCGUUAAGACGGCAAUGCAAAUGAGGAUUCAAAGUCUAUCUGCAGAAAAACGAAAAGAAGCAGGAGGGAAAAAAGCAAACAGACGGCACGUACGUGUAUGUAAACGCCGCGUAAGUUUCGCUCGGCAUUAACAUGCACGUAUUACGUAGAGAAUUCUCGAUAUUCGUCAUUGACCUCUGUCCCGACGAAUAUUGUCUCGGCGUAUAGCGUGUGCUUGACGUGUCUCCUCGUAUAUGCGACAGCUCCUAUUGAAUCGAUGGGUAGAUGGAAUCGACGUUCCGACGCGACAUUUCGACACGCUUCUCUAUGAUUUUAGCCCGGUUCCGUUCCAGAGAAAUGCGUAGGAAGAAAUGCAAUUAAUCAAGCUGAGUGAAAAAUCGUUAUCGAAAUUACCGUGCGCGUGAGGAGGAAGAGUAAAACGAGACUUCGUGAUUAAAUUUUCGCCUCCUCGGUAAACAUACGAUGUGCGCAACGUGCUGAGAGCGAGAAAGACAGAAAAAGAGAAAGAAGAGAGAGAGAGAGAGAAAUCCGGUGCAUCCAGAACUUCUCCGAGGAGGUUUCGGAAAACGAGUGGAUAGAAAAGAGAGUAGAAGGGACGGAGUAACCGCGUUAGCCGGCGAUACGAUGUGAAAGGUGCGGUCGAUGCAACUGACCGGAGAGAUGUUGACGUUGAUCGGCGGUCUGCUCGUCGCCUAUUUCGUCUACGUUCUGAUCGCAAGGAAAAAUGACAAACCAUCCACGGAUUCACCAGCAAUGGCUCACGCAGCGCUCCGAGAGAUCGUCGAGCGUGCUGUCGAGGAAGCUCGCAAAUUACCGGCAUUGAACGCGUCUGAAGAUGGCGAACAGUCUCGAGAAGGACGCGCUAUUGCGGAUCACAGCUAUGAGGACCUUCUCGCUACCGCGAUACUUAAUAAGGUUAUCGAGAGAUUGCAACGAGAACGAGUAGACGGCAACAGCAAUGUUCUGCACAUCACGGAUGCGUCCAAGACGAAAUACAUUUCCACCGAGAACGAGCAUGGCAUUGAAGAUGAUGCGGAGAGCUACGAGUGCAACGGCGAUCGUGGUGCAUCGAUCAGGCAGAAUGGAGAUCAUCGGGAAUCGGUGUCUUUUAUGAUGGAAGAGCAAAUAGAGGAGGUGACUACGAUUACGUCGGACGACGAACCCGCUGACAAUGACGCCUUGGAAUACGGAUGCACUCGGCGCGUGCCGUUUCCGGAAUUCGGAAUGGACAUCGUUGACCCACCUCGAGAACUGUCGUCGUCGUUAUCGGACUCCUCGGAUUCGGAUCACAACGAGAACUCGCGAAUCAGGACCAAAUAUCGUGCCACUGAUCACACGACGGACCUAGUCUCGCCGAUUGAGUCCUGGGAGGACAACUGGUUGUUCCAGAAGAAAAGGAACGCUCGAUCGCAGCCGGACGCGGUCGCUAUGUUGGUGCCGAGCUCCAACACGUGCUACAAGGCUCUGAUCGGCGACCGAGACGCCGAGGACACGUCCGACCUGUCCGAAUGCUCCUCCACCAAAUCCGACGAGGAGAUCGAGAAGGAACUGAUGGAGGCGAUCAACAACGUAAUCCCGAGGAGCCGCAGAACCUCCGAGUGUGACGCGGAGGACGAUCAACAAGUACGAAACGACAUCGCGCGACUCGGCGAGGACGAAGUUGACCAAGUCUGCCAGGCAAAAGCGAAAAUCGAGGAGAUCGUGGCGGAGAAAGUAGUCGAGGACGAGAAUGAUAAGAAGAGGCCGAGUGAAAGUUCCCCAGCAUUGAUAACGGGGACGGAAGGGGAGGAAAGUGAGACCAAAGAGAGGCCGCCUAUGGAUAUCGUAGAGCGCAGCGAAAGGACAAUUGCAAGCGUUAUGGAAAGUCCCAUGCAAAAGGACGUAAAAGUGCUAUCUGAAAAGUUGAGCGAAAGGAGCGAUCGAGGAAACAUCGCCGACGAAGACGAAGAGCAACAAGAGAGCGAGUACACCGAACACUACGACACGGCGGUCCAGAGGCACCUGGACAGUUUGACGAAAGUCGAUGUUUACAGUGGAGAGAGCGAGGCUGUUGCCGAAACGAGGGAAUUCGCGGAGGAGCAGCCGGAAAACAUAUCGACCGAAGAGGAAAGGAGCGAACGCUCGGAAGCCACAAUUCAAUUAACUUAUUAUGCAACGAAAGAGAGUUACGUUGAUACGAUCACCGAGAAGGAUCUAUUAAGCGCUCCACCGCGCCCAGGCACGAUUGCGGAACGCGAGCAUAAGAAAUGGGAGAACGCACCGCCGAUUGAGAACAAUCCUUAUAGCGAAGAAAACAUACGAAAGCGAUCCUGGGAGAGGCGAUAUUCGCGAAAAUCCGCGGAUCUUACUGGAGUUCAGUACGAGAUGAAGCUGAACGAAGUGAACUUGGAUACUCUCUUGACACCCGAUCCACCGGACAUCAAACGGUUCGGCAGGGACUACUACAUCAACCAGUCGAAGGUGUCCAGCGGGGAGCGAUCGGAGCGGGCCAAGUCAGCGAUGUCCUCGUCGAGCAGACCGAGCAGCUCGCUGUCCCAGCGGUCGAGCUGCGCCGGCGACGAACAACGCGAACAACAGGAUGAAGUCAUGUCCGGGGAGAUCGAGGACGUUUCGGUGCCGCGAGAGGAGAAGGACACGAAGGUUACGUCCACGUGGCGGAGGAACAACGCCGAGAUGAUCAGCUUCGAGACAAACAAUCGCGCCGCGAAUUCACGCGCUCCCGGCGACGGGACCGGUCAGGAGCGACGGGCGGACGACAUCCUGGAGGACGAACAGAGGAAGAACAGCAAGAACGAGAUCAACGCGAAGCUGAACAAUCAGGAGCACAGCCUCGAGGCGGAGCGGCGAGACGACGAGAAGAAGCGGAUAGUCCGAAGGAUCGACCUGAAGGCGUACGGCUUCGAGAACGAAUUCUCGGUGCAGAGGAAUGCGCGACCGCAGCAACAGCGAGUGGUCAACAGGUUGGACUUGAGGUCCUUCGGCUACCAGGACGGUCUGCGACGCACUCACUCCAACAAUCAGCUGGACCAGCCGGCGGACAACGAGAAGUCGAACCUGACGAGGUGCGCGAUCGGCCGUGAGAAACAUCGUGCCGAAUACAAAGGAUUCCCGAUCGACAGAAGGGACCUGACGAAGAGCUCGGGGGAGUUGAACCAGUUGCACGAGGACGUGGAGAAGGUCGGCUCGCUCGUGUCGGCCAAGUCGAUGCCGAACGUAGCCGACGACGCGUAUUAUUACGCGAAUCCGGUUCGCGUGAAUAACAACGACGAUAACAUCGACGACGACGAUGUUAACCACGACGAGGAGGAAGACGAGAUGGCCGCUAGGAACUCGCGGAAUCGUGUGAGCGACGAGUUGGACGAACGCAACGCGGCUAACAUGGACGAUGGCUCGCUCAAUGGCUACGACGAAGCCUCGUCCGACUUGGACAGGUCCUUCGAGGAUAUCUAUAUCGAGGAUAAAAAUAGGCUGCACAGAACGGACGAGAAGUUGCCGAUGCCGUCCGUGAAGAGGCUCGCAGAAGCCUUCAGCGGCCGACAGACUUCUGUGAUUGAGCCGGUGCCCGCGAAAGCGAGCAAAACUUUGGUAACGAAGUUAGACGACGUCAAGGACAGGUCAUUCACGCCCGAGGUGCAGAUAGUCGAAACGCCCAAACAGAUGCACAGUCUAACGGCCAGAUCGCUAUCGAGGGAGUUUCGGGAAGGACUGCGUCAAAUGCCCAGCAAGAUCACCUCGCCACCCGUUAGUCGGUCGUUGAUCGAAGAACGGCCGGCGAAUCGGUCAGAAGUCGUUCGAUCAAAACGCGAGGACAGCGACGUCGCCGUGAUUUCGCCCGGCAAGCUCAAGUCGAACAUAAUAUUUUGGGAGCAAAUGCAAAAGAGAAAUUGAAUUGCGUCUAGCCGAUAACGUCGACUAUUGUAUUCGUUCUAACGUUCUAUACGAGCCGGGUUGAAAAUAUAAAUUCAAAACGUGACUUUACACUCUCUUCUCGAUUCAAAUUGCAAUUCGAAGUAUCGCAUUGGGGUUGAUUUUGUACAUACCGGAAGAGAACGCGAUUGUAAAUCGAAAUGAGAUAUUCGAACGUGAGUUUACACGAUUAACUCAUACUCAAAUUGGAAUUCCCGAGAUGGGUGUGUCGGGAGGAAGAUAAAUUGUAAAUAUAAUUAUCGCAGCGUCCAUGAGCCAAAUGAGACAAUUACUGAUAUGCGUGAAGCGAAAGAGCUUUAAGUCGACGAUGCAGAAUAACGACGUCAAACGAACGCGAUGUCAAGUCAAGAUUAAAAGUUACGUUUUUUUGGAGAAGAUUCCGAGAGAAGGAAAAGGGAACUCGAGAUGUGUCUUAUAAAUAUUCGUAUCAACGUAGUAUCUAACGCAUUUGAGAAUUCUUUUGCACACGUAGGAGUUUUCGUACUUCCAAAAUACAGCGCGGAAGUAAAACAAUCAAACGUGGUUUCGCGCGAAAUCCAGUCGCGAUUUACAUCACUGCGAGUGGCAAAGACGGUAAGGUCUAACGCUGAACGCUAAUGGGAAAAAAACUGUCUCCCAGUUGAGCGUCACAUAUUUACUUGCGAUUCAAUAUCGUGUGCGUGUAAACGCGUACAGAUAAGAUCGAUUCGCGAUAACAGCAAAACGGUGUUACGCAAGUGUGAUUAAAUUCGUGCCAAACGGCGUCGCGAUACGUUGAUAGCCAAAGAAAGCGUUACAAGUGACACACGUUCCGUGUGUCGAGUCGAGAUGAGAGAUCGCGUUAACCCUUACUGCUCUGCAUUACGUCAUCAAAAGUGGCACAUAACGAGAUAUAUUGUUUACGAAAUUCUUAAAAAAUGUGCAAGGAUGAGUUUGAAAAUUCAAGAGUUCCACAAUUAUCAAA